AUGGGUACCAGAGGCCUUGAGAUUGUGCGCUUCAACAGGCGUUAUUACAUACGCCACCACCGGUGCGAUGGUUACUUCGAGGACCUUGGCAAGAAAAUCGUGGCCAGCAUCCCUAUCGACGAUGGGUUGUACAAGGAAUGGCUGGAAUCGAUGCAAGUCGAAUAUGCUGCGAAGGAAAUUGCCCUCGAAAGAAGUGUUUACGAAAUUAGCGAUGGCUCUGAGCCCGACUAUUCGGAGUUUCGCGAGUUUUACGUGCUUCCCUCCGAGCUCCCACGACUGGGUCACGAUUUAGGAUACGUUUAUACCAUCGACCUUGACCGCGAAGUUCUUUCCAUAAACCAUAGCAUACACUGGAAGCUGACCAAUAUUCCGCGCCAGGUCGAUCCUUGGAUUCGCGCCAUCGCAGACUGCAUCUAUCCCAAUAACUCUACCAUCUCCCCCAAUCUUUGCCCAGAAGAGUAUCUUGUAUCGCUAGCUUUGGAGCUUCCGGAGAGAAACGGGAACAUCGCAUACGAUUUCCGUGUCGUAUCUCCAAAAGCAAACAUCGGGGACGCACGAAAGGCGUUUCUCACAUAUGUCCUGGCAAAUACCAUUAUUGGAUAUAAGGAGGAGAUUAUCAGAUACGGAAGAGAAUGGAGCCCUGCCUCGUUCCCAUUCCGUGAGCUGGUUUUCGCUCUCGUUUCAAUCGCGUCGGACCAGGCGAAAUUCCGUUCCUUCCCCGCUCAACACUGCGAUCCUCGAGCUUGCAGCUUAUGGAGGUGCGAGUCAAAUCACCUGGGCAAGUUACCUGGAUGGUUGACAGGAGAGUGGGUAGGAAAGUGGGCAAGCGAUGAUGCCCCUUUGCUCGAGUUCGGCUCCUCUUCCCAUCGACCGGGUGAGCCACCAGGAGUGUCGCCCAUAGAGACGCAAUACUGGAUGGGGGACGUACCUGUCAGCCUUGCACUAAGUAUCGACGGUGACGCUGUCUCGAAGGCCGUUACGUGGGGCAUUGAUCAAGGGCGCAGCAAGUUCCAGAUCGUUGUUAUAUCUCUUUUUGAGGUGAUAUUUGCAGAGGUCUCUGUCUCCAACGGUAUGGGACCAUUCAUUCAAGUUAGCGAUCCCGUCUAUCUGUCCCCUCUACGCAAAAGAUAUGGCCUCAGUACACAUGUGCGCGAGCGGCCAGAGGCGACCCCAGGAAUGACCAGGCGGCAUCGCCGUGGUGUGCUUAUUUUAAACUCAGAUUGUACAGGGACAGUGGAAAGACUACAGGGCCAAUUCCCCGGACUCGCAACGCUGGUCAACUUUUUCGAAGUCGCCGCGAGCCGACAGGCAGCAUCAAAACCGACUAGCAUCUUCCCGCCAGAACUGUACGACAUGAUAUUGGACUUUGUGGACUACGAUACAUGGAAGACCUGCUUGCUCGUAUCCACGGUGUUACGAUCCUCCUGCAUCCGCAAGUAUCGAGUUGACGAUCGGACGAGGAUUGUGGCAGGCCCUUUUCGGAGAAUUCGAAGGCAUCGGUAUUACAAGGGGCCUCUGAUGUGUUUCGACUUUGAGAACAUACAAACAAGCCAAAUUCUCCCAAUGAUGUCAGUUUCGGAUUGUUAUGGGAUGGAAGAGUUCAAUUGGAUGCCAGUCAUCGGCAGCAGCAGGAAAGCGCUUAUGUUGGACGCAAACAUUCAGUUUGAGCCCGCGGGGGAUGUCCCAGUUGAGGCUGAUGAGGAUACUUGGAAUUUUUAA